GGGGCGGGGCGUGCGGGCCGGCGGUGCUGCUGGAGCCGGGGCCGUGCGGCGGGGCUGGGGCCGGGCCGCUGUGCUGGAGCCAGCGGAACCGGCUGCGGCUGCUGGCGGCGGCGGCGGAGCGGCGGCGGAGCGGCGGGAUGACCCUCAAGUCGGGGCGCAGCGCCAGCGCCGGCAGCAUGCGGACGGCGCUCUCCGACCUCUACCUGGAGCACCUCCUGCAGAACCGGGCCAAGCCCGAGGCCGUCACUCAGCCCAUGAAUGCCAUGACUGAGGACAUUUACACCAACGGCUCAGCGGCUCUGGGCAGCCCCUCCCACAGCAAUGGCCGUGAGGUGCGGAAGAUACGCCUCGUCCAGUUUGAGAAGGUCACGGAGGAGCCCAUGGGAAUCACGCUGAAGCUCAAUGACAAGCAGAGCUGCAUGGUGGCCAGGAUCUUCCACGGGGGCAUGAUUCACAGACAAGGCUCUCUUCACGUGGGUGAUGAAAUCAUAGAAAUCAAUGGGCAGAGUGUGAGCAACCACUCGGUUGACCAGCUGCAGAAGAUGCUGAAAGAAACCAAGGGGAUGGUCUCAAUAAAAGUCAUUCCCAACCAACAAAGCCGCCUCCCUGCUCUCCAGAUGUUCAUGAGGGCACAGUUUGACUACGACCCAAAAAAAGACAACCUUAUCCCCUGCAAGGAAGCAGGGCUCAAGUUUCAGAUUGGUGACGUGAUUCAAAUCAUAAACAAGGAUGACAGCAACUGGUGGCAGGGCCGGGUGGAGGGUUCCUGCACAGAGUCGGCGGGACUCAUCCCUUCUCCAGAGCUGCAGGAGUGGCGUGUGGCGAGUGUCACCCAGUCCAGUCAGAGCGAAUCCCCAAGCUGUAGCCCUUUUGGGAAGAAGAAGAAGUGCAAAGAUAAAUACCUGGCCAAGCACAGCUCAAUUUUUGACCAGCUGGAUGUGGUUUCCUAUGAGGAGGUGGUGAGGCUGCCUGCCUUCAAGAGGAAGACUCUGGUGCUCAUUGGGGCCAGCGGUGUGGGGCGUAGCCACAUCAAGAAUGCUCUGCUCAGCAACAACCCGGAGAAGUUCAUGUACCCACCCCCAUACACCACACGCCCCCCGAAGAAGAAUGAAGUGGACGGGAAGGACUACUACUUUGUCUCCACGGAGAAGAUGACCCAGGACAUCUCAGCCAACGAGUUCCUGGAGUUUGGAAGCUACCAGGGGAACAUGUUUGGCACCAAGUUUGAAACAGUGCACAAGAUCCACCAGCAGGACAAAGUCGCUAUUUUGGACAUCGAGCCCCAGACCCUGAAGAUUGUCCGCACGGCCGAGCUCUCCCCGUUCAUAGUCUUCAUUGCCCCAACAGACAAGGCAGAGCAGUCAGAGGCUUUGCAGCAGCUCCGAAAGGAUUCAGAGAGCAUCCGGAGCAGAUACGCACACUACUUUGACCUCUCACUGGUCAACAAUGGGGUGGAAGAAAGCCUGCAACUGCUGCAGGAAGCCUUUGAGCAGGCCUGCAGCUCUCCUCAGUGGGUACCAGUCUCCUGGGUCUACUGAGGGGAAAUCCAGUCCCAGCCGCUUCCCAUCAACCAUCCUGCAGCCAUGGGGAGAAACCUACUCCUCAGCUUCCCCUGGUCCACACAGCCCAGCACAACUCCCUUCCUCUGCUGCUCCAUGGACAUGGUCUCAAUUGGUUGACACAUGCACAGGGUCUCCGGAUCUCCUCUCCCUGGGGGAAUAUAGGACAGGGGUUGCCCAGGGGAUGGCCACCUCCCAGAGCACUGCAAUGCAGUGUGAAGUUAGAGGCUACAGUAGAGCCCAGGGCACCCCAUUAGCUCAGAGCACAAUUCUCCCCCUCACCGGGCAAGGGAAAGCAGUCAAUCUUCUGGGAAGUCCAGCCGAUCUUCUCUGAAUCAGUCCCAAGGGAAACACAGAGCAGGGGUCUUCCAAGGCAGAUCUCCCCCUGCCAUCGCAGGAGUGCACACUGCACCACAAACACCUCGAAAGCCUGGCUGGUGUCCACAAGGCUUCAUGCCUGAUCCCACGAGAGCUCCUACAUCCAAGGGUUUCCCCUCACAAAUGAGAAAGAGCAGAAUAAGGCAACCGUGGAUUUGACAAAGGUGGCACAGAGCGUGCCACCUACAGGCAGGUCUCCACAUUCUGAGGUUGGAGUUUUCUGAUUCACUCUGUGCAAUUCUUAAUGUAAAAACUCACUGUAUUUAAAUUCUCACCGUGCAGCUUGGAUUGUUACUGCCUGGCCAGAGAAACUCAGUAGCAGCUGAGGAAGUCCCAUGGACCUAACCCCAGAGGGACAGUUCAAUGGGUAAAUUAGAUCCAGCCACAACUAUCUGUUGCAUGCAGUAGAAAUAGUGUCUCUACAAAGAUCAUCCAGGCAUGCCUUUCCAGAGUAAGGUGUUUUGCACACUGUAUGUGAACAUAAAAGCCACCCACAAAGGGGUACCUCCUGCAGGAGUACACUUGACGCACAAACCCCACUAUGAUCAUGUCCAGGAAGCACCGUGGCUCCUGGGCAAACCAUAGCCAUCAUUUAGGUGAAAGAAUCUCAUUGUGUGUUCAGCAGUCAGCUAGCGGAAGGGGGUUAAGAAGUCUUGUGCAAUUUUUUACAGAUGCCAAAAAUAAAAUCUGUUGACGUGCAAUAGGGACCUUUGUUCUGAUCCACUGCAGGGAAACAAUGAGCAGCAAUAAAUGUGUGCUGAAACACU